UUGCGCAUGUUUCACGCUUACGAUCCUUUGCCCCCUCUCCCCCUCCCCACCCGAUUCCCGCGCGGUACCGACCCGCGUGGGAAGGAUUCGUGAGCGCCUCCACACAUCCUCCCGCUCAGUGCGUGAGCAGACGGGAGAGCGCCUCCAUCGUGACCAUCGGGUGGCCAUAUUCCAUCACUGUAUAUUCUCUCGCUUCACAACGCUCGCUCUCGCGCAUCUCUCGCGCGUGCUCUCCGCCUCGUGCUAGGGGAGGAAAAACCACGUCGAUGGAUGGAUGGAAAUUUUCCUGCUGCCGUUUGGUAACGCGAAACAGUGGCGUUGGGUUGCAGAACGCGCCAGUUGUUGUCUCCGAUCAUAUAGCCCAGCUCUCGCUCAUCACAACACACAUACAUUGCACUACACGCGCGGGGUGCAAGAGCGACGGCAUAGCAGCCACAUCCCCACACUGUGCAGGACGUUCCACACCCGUGUGGAAGGAGGAGAAGAAGAAGAAGAAGAAGACGAAGGACAACCAACAAAAAAAACAACAAACAACAAACCAAUCGGUACCAGGUACAGCAGGACACUGCGUGGAGUGGCAAGCAAGUGCGUGUGACAGGAAUUGUUCAAGCCACAGUUUGUGUGUUGUUUCCCCUUGCACAGUGUGCACCGUUUGUGCUGGAAGUAAAGAAAUAAUACUCCUAAAAGAUAUCAGCAAUCAUCGCAUGACUAAGAAGAGCUCUAAAGCAUGCAGCAGUCGUAAACGAAACGCAUCCUUCCCGGCCAUGUAGUGUAGUGUACAGUGAAAUCGCUCCAAAAAAACUGCAAAAAUGUAACCGUUCGUGUGUAACGAUUUGGCCGUUAGCAGUGUAAGCAAAGCAGAUGCAUUCACAGUGUGAAGUGAAGUGUUGCGUUGCAACGAACUGUGCCACCAAUAGUGCAGCCAGCACGGCAGUAGUAGUACGUCGGUGAAGCGGAAGUGGCAUGAGGCACUAGCAGUAGCAUCAAUAGUAUUAGUAGUGUAAUACAUCGCUCAACUAUUCUUCUACCCAGUGAAGUGAAUUUCGAAGGUUGUGCACACUCUAAUGUUAAUGUUUUCACUAUCGUGUACCGUGUAUCUGUGGUUGUGCGUUAAUUCUGUCUAUUGUUUUCGGUUGAUGUUGAUGAAGUGUCCGCCGAUAGUGUUGCAGUAGUGUCGCUAGUAGUACGUGCAGUGAGCUGGCGCUACCGCUGUAACGCGCGUACGAAUGGAUGUUAUCGAUAAUAAGAUAUUUUCUAUCACCUGUUUAUACAACGCAUUAUACAUCUCUCGCUCACUCUCGCUCUCUACAUGCAUACGGACAAGCCGUAGCGUGUGUAAACAAAAGAAAAAAAACCCUGUGUUGUGUAUAGUAAAACUGUGGUAGCGCUUGGCGUCUAUUUUGUCAAGGACAUUCACGUGUGUGUGUGUACAAAAAUUAAACCCAAAAGCCCCCCUGCCGAAAACUGGACGGGCUGGAGUGUAGAUCGAAAUCGCGAAACCUCGUACGGUUGUGAGCCAGUAACAGUUGGCCGGCAGGCCAAAGGCAGCAGUAGUGCUCGGCGCCCCUGGGGCGAAUCCUCGGUCGCUGCUCGUGGUCUUCCCGCGGUCAGACACUUCCCGAGCGGUGUAGGCUGUACAAUCAAUUGGUGUACAGUGUAGCAAGCAAGCUAAACAAAACAGAUAACCAAUAACCGUCCUCUUUAAAGUGUAAGUGUAAGCAAGUAACGCGUUGUCCCGUUUGCGCGGGGCAGAGCAGCGAGUUGGUCUCGUUCUUUUUAACUCAUCAGCUCAUCCAUCUCUUUCACGGUGCCGGGCGGUGCGUUACCGUAACGCUGGCGCGCACUGUUACUGUUUUGUAGUUCAACUUAAUACGUGUAAUAUUAACCCACGAGCGAGUGAUUGGUACGAUAAUCAGCGAAGGAAGGGAGUCAGCAGGAAGUCACCAACACUCUGCAUUCCGCUUGAAACGUGUGUGCCAAAAAAAAAAAAAAACCCAACAAUAAUCCACCGAACUGCAACGAGCGAUACAACAGUAGAGUGCAAAAAGGGCAACGAAUCGAAGAGGCCACGCUCAACGAAGGCAACUGACAGGCGGCUGUCAUUUAGCGUGCAACUCGGUACGAAUAGUAGUUAGGUCGGUUUACCGCAAGAGGGCCACAUGCGUAGUAGUGUCGGUGGCCGGUUUACGCGCUGUAACCGUUUAAUUUCCGGUGCGGCGGAACAAAAACACACAAAUCCAUGCAACAGUUUGCAUGGGUAGGUGGGUAAAGCCUAAUUUUCGUUUGCCAGCGCGGUAAGCCCGGUGGGUUGUGACUGUGUAAAAAUCAACGAGUGUUACUAGUGCUAAUGCCGGUACGCAUCCUGGCAAGCGGUGAUAAUGAUGGUACGGCUCGUUUGGCGUGAUUGUGGAACUGUAGCACCACCGGAAGGACCGGCAACGCGAUGGUACUGAAGAAAAAUGGCUUCCUUAAGCACCGAACGGCGCUGGUCGUUGGCACCGGUGAUCGAAGCAACCGGUGAAUCGGCAAAGGAUUCUGUUGUUUAACGUGGUUGUGAGCAGGGUGCGUGUGUGUGAGUGAGUGUGGAAGGAAUGUCAAAAGUGCGUGCGUACCGGUGUGUACGAAGUUGGGAGUUUUACCGUGCCCGGUGCGCUGAUGGUGCCGUUGCUUUCUGGUAAUUGCACCGCACGAGCAAAAACUUCCCACCCUCCGCACCGCCUACGACUGGCAGUGGCAGUGGAACACCCCGCACGCGAUAACGAUUGCGAUAAAUGAGCUUUGCGAACGAUUGUGACUGCGUGGCGUGCGUGUGCGAUUGCGAUUCGUGGUGAGGCAGAAGGACGCCGAAGGUGAGCUGAAGCGACCGUGUGUUAGUGAGCAUGCCUGAAUAUGUGUUUGUGUGUAAGCAAAAGGUGUUGGGCUGAAAGAAUUUGCAACAACGGGAAUCCCCUUUAAGCACCACGAGGGCCAAGCAAAGUCGGGGAAGGCGCAUGUGGAAAAGUUAUUUCACGCGCAAUUGGAAAAUCCACAGCAGCGGCCCAAACGGAACGCGGAUCAAUUGUGCCAACCGAUUGCCUGUGAGAGUGUGUGUGUGUCUGUGUGUGUGUGUGUGUUUAGCUGGCAACGGGCCUCUGCUUGUGCGUGUGUGUGCGCGUACGUGGAUGUGUUACGGAGUUCGUGCCUGUCCUGAAGGAGGAACCGUCCGGCGCGUGUGUUAAGCGGUGAAUCGCGUAUCGUCGUCCUCGUAGCAGCAAAACAGCGUUAUCCUGGUACACGUGAGAAGGACAAGCGAUGGCUGCUGUAAACUCGGUCCAGAACAGCAUUCGGUUGCCGUUGGCCGGCCUGGCGCCUCCGCGCGUCCUCAUGUGUAGUGCCUCGAUGGGUGCGGAAGGUUCCGUCACACUUCAGCUCCGGGAAGCGGUACAGGCGCCCGAUGCGGCCGGCUCCCUCGAUGGAGCGCUCACGAUCGGCUACCCGGAUCCGGACAUGCUAGCCGACAUGCUGGGCACAUUCCAGGGCGCAUCGACCGGUGCGUCCGGCGAUCCGGACGCGGGCAGCUUCGAGCUGCUGCAGGACAGCAAUGGCAGUCCGGCCGGCGCUACCUUGCGCACGUCGGCGGCCGAGCAGCUCGAGCAGCUGGCCGGUGCUAUCCUGACCAAGGCGAACAGCAGUGGUAGCAGUAGCAGCAACGUGACAACCGGUGCGACAACGGUGACGAUAAAAACAGAACCGGGGCCGAAAUCAACCGCGGAAAAAACGAGCAUAACCACCAACCUGCACCCGACCGGCCUCACGCCCACCAGUAGCAUUGGCAGCAGCAACCUGUCUCCCUCGUCGACGGCCAUCUUGCACCACGGCACCACGAUGGUGACCGUGAAAAGCUCGCCCGGAGGAAGCGGCGGUACCAUUGCGACCGCCGCCAGCCCAACCAGCCUCAUCCUUACGACGGUCGGGCGGGCCGAGACGGCGUCGGGCGGUUUCGGUGGAGGCAGCAGCAGCAGCGCAUCGUCGUCACCGUCGGCGGCUGCCUCCCCCGUCUCGCUGAGCGGACUGGCGAAGAAACCGCGACCCAAGACGGUAUCACCGACCCGGCACGGACCGCAACAGUGUCAGGUCUGCAGCAAAGUGUUCGGCAAUGCGUCCGCCCUCGCCAAACACAAGCUAACGCACAGCGACGAGCGGAAGUACGUGUGUGGCAUGUGCUCGAAAGCGUUCAAGCGGCAGGAUCACCUCAAUGGCCAUAUGCUGACGCAUCGUAACAAAAAACCGUACGAGUGUAAGGCGGACGGCUGCGGCAAAUCGUACUGUGAUGCGCGAUCGCUCCGGCGCCACACCGAGAACCACCACAGUGCGCUCGGGCUGGCGAACUCGUCCGGCACGGCCAGCCCCGGCCCGGGUGGCAGCAAUGCUGGACCGCCCGGGGGGCUGAGCCUGUCACCGGCGACGGCAAGUGGCGAUGCGAGCUCACCGCACGGAGCAACACUGGUCCAGUACACGACCACGACCGGCAGCGGAACGCCCGGCAGCAGCAGCUCCAACUGCAGUCUUUCGAGCAGCAGUUCGAGCAGUAGCUCGAGUAGUAGCAGCAGCAGCAGCAGCAGCAGUAGCAGUGGAAACGUCAGCGACUCUAGCUCCAGCUGCAAAUCGCCCUCGCCAAGCUCGCCGGCACCCGGCGCAGGCAAUGAGGGACUUACCCGCCAACAGCUCGAUCUAAUUUCCCAGAUCAUGCAGCAGACGAAGCAGGCGAAUGCGGCAGCUGCUGCAGCCGCCGCCGCCGCCGCUACCACCACCACCACGAACGGUAGCAGCUCGGUACAGUCCACCAGCCAGAAGGUCCCGGUACGACCCCGCACUUGGAAUAUGCAGCUGCAGCUCAGCCAGAACAAGCUAUCCGCAUCGACCACGGUGGCAGCGACGACAGCACCGACGGUCGUCAGCGCCGUCCCCGUGCCUUCAAUGGCAGUCACAGCGACGACCACACUCUCCGCCUCGAACAGUGGCGCCACCAUCGUGCACCAGAACGGAGGAACCCUUAGCGGCAACGGCAGCAGCAUCAUCAGCAAGGCGACAAACGCUGGCAGUGCUAGUGCCGAUCCUAAUGGACCGGUGACGGCAACCCUCACGGUGUCAUCGUCGUCUGCGGCCAGUACGUCCUCGCUCAGUGCGGUCAGUGCGGUUUCGGCGACCUCGCUGACGGCUGGGACAGCAGGACCGGGUAGUGGCAGCUCUUCUGCUGCUGCUGCUGCUGCUGCUGCUACCCAACAACCUGCCACCGGUACCACCGCUACCACAACUACCACCACCACCACUACGACCGCUACCAAGCUGGAGCAGAAGCCGGUCGAGUGUAAUCUGUGCCACCGGAAGUUCAAAAAUAUUCCCGCCCUGAACGGGCACAUGCGACUGCACGGCGGCUACUUCAAGAAGGACUCGGAGGCGAAGAAAUGUGAUAAGAAGGAAAACACGGGCCCCCCGCUACAGACGGCGAGCGUGGGCGUGCGGGCACUGAUCGAGGAGAAGAUUAUCAACAAGCGCAGCAAGGAUUUGAAGAAUCUCUUGUUGAAGGGUUCGUUCGUGGUGCCGGCACCGCCGCUCACCGCCCGCCGGCUGAUCGACGCCAACGAAGCAUUCCUCUCGUCCAAACCGAGCACGGUCGCGAUCGUCUCCACGUCGAACGGCACCACGCAGAUCAUCAACACCGCCACCCUGCACUCCAAGGCGACCGUGCUGAGCGUCAGCAGUGCGCCGCCGCCCUCCAACAACACCACCACCUCGACCACCCUCGCGCCCUCGAUAACGAUCAACGGGCUGGGGGCGGCGGGCGCAGCAACGGAGCUGAAGGAUGCGACGCUCAUCGAACUGCUCAAGCGCGGCACCAAGGUGGCCGUCAAGCGGGCGAUGGCGAGCGGUGACUCCUCCACCGUGCUCUCACUACAGCCACAAGCCACGCCCAACCCAACGGUGACGGUGGUUUCGACCGCGAGCAGCACCAACCCUGCCCAGCUGCUCACGUCCGCCAACACGCGCACGCUUACGGUUGUCCCGACCGGCCCAACGCUUUCCACCAGCACCACCACCGGCAAGCAGUCCGGUCAAACGAUCGCCGGCCCAACCCUGCUGGCCAAUGCCACCGCCAGCACCGAGCCGACGCCCCUGUCGCUAACCAUAUCGCAAGCGCCGGCCACGACCCCCGGCGACGUGUUCACCCUCGCCUACUCGACCGACUUCGGCGACGGCGAUGUGUACAGCGUGAGCGACACCGCCAUGCUGCUGCAGGCCGUCGAUCCGAUCCAGCUGCUGCACGACUCCAACUCGGCCGAGCCGCUCGACGAGAUCGCCCUGUCCGACUACGGCUCGAUCAGCGACCAGGGCUUCACCCCGUCCCGCCAAAUCCAGGCCGUGCUCGACUCGCCCCUGCCCGAGGGAUUGGCCGAGUUUAGUGCCCUGCACGGCAAGGACUUUAGCGUCCUGUACGGUGGCACCGGUGCGCCCUCCAGCGAACCGAACGGCAGCAGCAGCACCACCAACACCAGCGCGCUACUACAAUCAUCCCCCUCGGGGGCGCAUCUUUCCCCGCUACCCUCACCGCUAGCCUACCCAACGCCACCGGCAUCGCACGAAGCGGUCGCACAAGCGUCCCCCUUCCUGGACGACUCGCGCCACUUCACCGACGCGGGCUCCUUCUUCGACGACAAGCGCAGUGCGCAAAGCUUUCUGGACGAUGGUUUCUUCAAAACCGAACCGAAGGACGGCGACUGCAAGGCGUCCGAGAGCGCGAAGAUACUGGCGCUCAAGCACGAGCUGCUGGACGAAAACCACGACCUGUUCCGGGCGAACAAACACCACCUGCUGGACGAGCACUGCUCAGAGCUGUUCAAGACGGAGGACGGGUUUUUCGCCGAGUCGAAACCGUCGGCGGACGGGACGUCCAAGAUGAACCUGGACUUUCUGGACGACGCGCAGGUGUUCAUCGAGGAGACGCGCAACGCGUCCUCCCCGCUGUCGAAUGCCUUCUUUUCCGCCACCAUGUCGUCGGCGGCGGAGGUCAAGGAAGCGCUCGACGAGGUCCUGCCGAACGAUGACGAUGACGACAUUGGCGUGUCCGAGGGCGACAUCGACCUGUACUACCUGAACGGCCUUUCCUCGCUGCAGUCGCAGAUGAUGCCCAACUCGGACGAUCCGCUGCUGUCCUCCUCGCCGAAGGACUUUGCCCACCGGCAGCACCAGAAGUUUCUGUUCGAGCAGAGCCAGGCGGCCCAGCAGCAGCAGCUCGCCCAGCAUCAGCAGCAGCUGCAGCAGCAACAACAGCAGCAACAGCAGCAACAGCAGCAACUUCAGCAGCAGCAGCAGCAACAAGCGGGUGUUACCACCACCACCACCAACCACCACUGUAUGCCUCCCAGUGCCAAAAAGUCCAAACCUUCCGACGUGGAAGCGAGCGGCACGUUCGGGGCGGACGCCAGCAAAGCACCACUCACGGUCCAAACCGACCCGAUGCCAAAGGAUGCCGACAGCGUGUUUCUCAGCCCGAGCAGCCUGUCCUCGCACAGCUGCUCCUCCUCUUCGUCCUCCUCCUCGCUGUCGCUCUCGUCCGUAGCGUCGCCCCGGCUGCAGCAUGCACUGCUGGGCAGUGCCCACCCGGCCGCCGGUGGUGUCGUGUGGCCCCGCAAACGCUCCCAAACAUCAGCGUCCUCACAGUCGCCCUCAGCCAACAGUGCCGCCGGGACCACCCCAUCCCAUCCCGCCGGUCAGCGCAAGCCGACGGUCUAUCUGUCGAAGCUGCGACGAUCCACGGCGGCACUGCUGCCCGCCCUGCACUACACGCCCGCCCCGAUGCUCAACCCGGAACGGUGCGGCACGGCCGGGCUGUACGCGAGCGCGGCCGGCGGCUCGGUCGUCGAGCCCGAUCUCGACUCCACGAUGGACAGCACGAGCGAUAUCUUUUCCGAGCCGCCGCUGCCGAUCCGGCCGCGCAUCAACCUCGGCCCCGACUAUCAGGCGACCUUGCCGGACUGCGCGCGCCCGGCCUACGCGGCGCCGUUCCAGCCCGGCGUCCCGCCGGUGCAGCGGCUCUGGGAUCCGGCGCUCGCGCCAAACGACCGCCAGCUGCAGCGGUUCAUCGAGCUGGCCCGUUCGUCCGCCGCACCGCUGGGUUGCCACUCGGAGGAGAAUGCACUGCGCGCCCUGCUGGAGGCGAACGGUGAGAUACACCAGGCGAUACUGGGCAUGCUGCAGGGCCCGCCCGCCACCAUCCAUCGCCGGUGGACGGCGGACGAGAUCGAGCAGCUGAUACAGGGGCUGGAAGAGUACGGCAAGGACUUCCACCGGAUCGCUCGCGAUCUGUUGCCCGGCAAGUCGACGGGCGAUUGCGUGCAGAUGUACUACUUCUGGAAGAAGCUCGGCAUCGACUACGGCAAGGGUACGACGGCGCUGGCUGCCGGGCCGAAGUACGGUGGGCUGCAUGGGGCGCUUUCGCCUACACCGUCACCACCAGCACCAACGCCCCCGGUAGAGGAUCUGCUGCUCGAUCAUCUUGACUAUACGGCCUCGGCAAGCGCUGGAGCGACGAUGCCCCGGGGGCAACAGGCUGGCGGCUCGAACAGUGGCAAUUUGCAGCCGAAUGGGCACGGUAGUAGCACGGCCAGCGACGUCCGACCGCAUGUGUGCGAGGUUCCUGACUGUUCAGCGAGCUUCUCGUCCAAAGCGGCCCUUCACGGGCACAUUCGCAUACACUGCAUCGGGCGCAACCACAGCACAGUUCAAAAUGGGUAUUCAAUAAGGUAAAAAGCCGAAGCGCUCACAUGAAGUCACACCGGCCGCAGGAUGCAAGCGAUCAGCUGCAGCACCAGCUACAACUGCACCAGCAACAGUUGCAACAGCAGCAGCAGCAACAGCAGCAACAGCAGCAGCAACAGCAGCAGCAGCAACGGCAGCAGGAUAGCGAAAGGCCAGAAGUGCCCGAAGAAGGCACGCAACUGCAGCUAACAGUGACCAAGUGAGCCGAAGAAUCGCGGAAAGAAAGCGUUACGCAAAACAGCAUCUAGACAAUCUUCACAGCGCCUCCCGCCUCCGGCAGAUGGCGCACGGCCAAAGAGGGGAGGGCGCACACGUGGCGGGUGCGAAACGUUGCUACGAAUACAUCAAGGCGCUUACGCCACUGACGGGGUCGCCCCGGAAAAGCAAGCCAACCAACCUGAAACACGUCUCACCGUUUUAUUCACCACCUUGACCGAGGGGAGCACAGGAGUGAAGCAUCAAGUAGAGAAAUAAGUAGUAGAAGAUGAAGAAGAAGAAGGAAGAAGAGGUAGAAGAAGAAGAAGGAAAAGAAGAAGUUGAAGAAGUGGUAGAAGAAGAAGAAGAAGAAGAAGAAGAAGAAGAAGAAGAAGAAGAAGAAACUUUACACUUAACUAACGAAAGGUUGUUAAAGCUACAAAUUACCGUGAAGAAAGCAAAAAACUUAACCCCACAGAAGAGAAAAAACAAAGAGAUUGUAAGAGAAGCUAACCGAGAUGAGUGAAUAGCAGAAACCCAAGCACGGGGAGGACACUAAUGGUUCCCCUUUCCCUUUUUGCUACGGUGUUUGCUAUUGUGUAAGUACUGUGAAAAUACCAGGUCAAAUUAUGUCAACUUCCAGCGAUAACCUUACUAUAAACCUACAGAGCUAAGUGCACAACGAGUGAAACCAACAAGUGAAGAACUUUAAAAUCUCUCCAAAGCAAAACCGAACGGUGCGGGGCGUUCGUGCGCGUGGGAAAAAAAUUCCCAACCUUCUAACCUGCAUAGCGUAAACCACCUAAGAAUCUAUAUACUUAAGAACCGGGUCGCUCUACCGCCCCGGAUCGGUUAGCAGGCGUAUGUGUGUGCGUGUGUGGGAGGGUUUUUGUACACAAGUCAGUUUUUUGUGUUGUUAAAUCUUUCUACUCUAGUCGUAAUAUUUGGAACUGCUCAACCUGCACACACACAUACACACAUACAUACAGCGACACACACGCAUCCUCUUCGUGUGCUUCGUGUGGUGCAUAACAUAAAUGUAAUAUUAUAGUGUAACACAAAAAAAACGUAAACGGUUGUCGCUAACAAAGAGCAAAAACAGCAAAACAGCACUCACAUUAUAAUGAGAAUAGGCAAAGCUGUUCGAGCUAGUGGCUUGAUAUCGAUGUUUGUUUUUGUUGGUUCCUUGUAGAUAAAAAAAAUACCCCGACCCUCCCAAGAGGAUCAUCUUGCAUCUCGUUCGCUCAUCGAUUGUACAUACAGAGAAAGACUUGGUGGUGUUCUGUAUUUUAACACACACACUCAUACACACAUUCAUUGUUAUAUCAUACACCCAUACACAUAUACACACUAGCACACGUGUGGGUGUGUGUGCUUGUGUGCUUUAGGCUUAAGCUCCGUUGCGACGUAGUCAGCAUCAGCCAAGCGUAUAGGAAAAGACAUCGACAGCAGUGCGCGCACCUUGAUCGCGUUUUGCUGUUCUUUUAGUGCAAGUGAACUCCGCGCGCUCUCGCGCGCGUGUGUGUGUGGGUUUGUGCAGAUAGACGUAAGUGAAAGAAAAGUGAACGAUUUUACGUUACCAAAAAAAAAAAAAAAGACGAAUAAUUGUUCAUCCCUCGUAGAGGCAUGAACGGUCAGAAGAGCCCGGAGCACACUCGUCCCGUUUCCAGUAUUAAAGAAACACUCUUCCAAAAACAAAACCCGCUCAACUCGAAUACAAUCACAGCUAAAAAAAGGGAAUUGUCCCGCCAUGCGCCAAAAAUCAAUUUGUUGUGACAACUUGUCAAACGACACCUGUGUGCAAACGAAAGUGAGCGGCAGACACGCAACGGACAUAUGUAAAGUAGCAGAAGAAGAAGAAGAAAAGAACAAACAAAACACAGUGCCGUAAAUGAGAGUGACGAUUUAGCAGAGAAAGAAGGAAGACAAUGGGCAAUGGAAUGGAAAAACUCCAUUUGAAAGAAACAAAGAACAAAAAGACACACGCUCAUGUGAGACAAAAACAACACACUACACUGACCGCGAGGAAGAGAGAGAGAGAGAGAGAGAAAGAGAGAGAGAGAUAGAGAGAGAGAGAGAAAGAGAGAAAGAAAGAGAGAAAAAGCGAAAGAGAAUAUAUAUAUAUACAUAUAUAGAUAAGAUAAGAGCGUAAAAUACAAAGUAGUUUCAGUAACACGCGAUACACACUCUAUUUCCUGUCGAACUAACAAGUUUUACUAAAAUUGUGUAAAAAAACAAACAAACAAACAAACAACAAAACAUAGGAGAAGAAAGGAAAAACCGUAAACUUGAAAAACAUGGUUGUAUCUAGAACUUAAGUGUUGAUCAAUGUUCUUAAUAUUCUAUAAACGAUUUAAUUGUACGUAAAGCCUCGAGCGGACGAGAGCUGCACACAGUAGCACAAAAAGAGUGUUUAGAGUUAAGGAGAGAAAGGAGGAAAGCAAAACAAAGCACGAGGCGAGGCGAGAAGAAUAUGGUCCUUUUGUUAAGUGUGUAAAAACGAAAACAGAAACACGAUAUGAGAGCGAUAGCGUAACGAGUUAAGGCGAAGCAACGUGAGAAGCGACGGGGAGAAACAAAACAAAACUAAGUGACUAAGCAUUAUUGAACAACACAGGGUUGACACGUACUUGUACACAGCAAACUUUACUAAGGCGCACGCAACAGCAUCUUUCCCUUUUUGCUAAUGCUCUCUCUCACUCACUCUCUCUCUCUUUCUUUCUCUCGCUCUAAGCUAAUAUCUUUUCGCGCACUUCACGAAAGCGAACGUUGUAUCAGUGUGUUAUACAGUAGUAUACAUUUAUUUUUCUACUUCCGAAUUUGAUACGCGCAAUUUUCGAUCUUUCGAACAUUGAACUAGUCAAUACAGAAAAAUAUCGAAACAAAAUACGAGAGGAACAGCACACAUCACACAAACGCGCGCGUGCAUUUGCCCAUUGUUGCAAGUAGUCUCCAAAGGGCUGGGCGAACAGAUUUAGAACACAUUUGAGAUGCUCAAUUUCAGUACAUUGGUUUGGCCUGAUUUUGUGAAUGGAAAAUCAUUUCUGUUGGUGCUUAGUGCUAAACCCUGAACAGUUGCUGUUUGAUGAUGUGAUACAUUAUAUUAUCAACUUUACAUGGCUGAGUAAGUGAACAUUUUAAUUAGCUCUUUAUCACUUUAUCGCUCUCUCUCUCUCUCUCUCUUUAUUUUGAGUGACAAUCAGUCCGACUCUCUAGCACUCCGCUCAAAUUGCUCAUCGAAUAAUCACUACUUACAACGAUAAAUUGCUAGCCCCCAUUUUUAUAUUAACGAAAAAAAGGAAAUUAAAAACAGCAGACACAACAAAAUCAAACCCAAAUAAAGUAAAGCACUCGGCAAGAUCGAUUGAACUGAGCAGCUCAGUUUGCAAGUGCAAAUAAGUGUGUACAAACAAAAAGGGGAAAACCAACCAACAAACGAACAAACAAACAAACAAACAAACAAACAAACAAAAAGGCAAAAUCAAAUACUCCGCGUUGUGAUUUUUAACGAAUUAAUGAAGAAGAAUGAAGAGGGAAAAAUACACACACACACACACAAGAUAGACAGUGAAACAACCAACAAAUAAUACCGAGCAGCAGAAAACUCAUACUGUUUUUCUCACUCACUCACUCUCUCUCUCUCUCUCUCACACACACACUCAAACACUGUAUUACAUACACACACUCUAAACUUUUUGCUGAAGAAUAAUGAAUAUUCUAGCACUACUACUACUACUACCACUACUACUACUUCGUUUACUGUUUGUAAAUGGUUCUAGGACAAUUUUUAGCUAUAAAUCUCGUCUCGGGCGGAGUGUUUGUGGCGCUGGAGUCAAAAUGGAGCAAGCAAAGGGCAGCGCGAAAUGAUGGAUCGUUUAAAACGAGUUCGCAGCUGGAAUUAUAUACAAGUAAAUUGUGUUUUGUGAAAAGGAGAUGAACCUAAACAAAAACAGAACGAAAAAUGCAACAAACCAGUUACCUCCUUUAAGGAAUUGUAUUUUUCUGUUCCUGUGCUUUUGUUUUUCAGUGCUAAAGCAAUGCGCCCUAUUUAAGCGCUUAUCGUUUUGGUAUCGCGUACGAACGGGAAGCAGUCUUAUGUCUCUUUCUUAUGAGUGCAAUGCGUUUUUUUCUUUUUCACACCAUAACAAGGUGCUUUGAACUCUAGUACUAGUUCUAUCUUUUCUAACUCCCUGUGUUCUAACCCUGGCGAGGAGAGAAAGUGCUUCGAAGAAGAAAGAACAAAAAGAAGAAGGAAAACAAACAAAGAUGUAAAAAGAUGUAAAAGUUUAUAAAAAGGAAGCCAAAAACAAAAAGUCGAACCGAACGAAGGUGAAGUAAGCAAAAACGCAACCCCUCUAAAGUGCACGAAUGAAAUGAAAUGAAAUUGAGAUAAUAGAAGUUAAUACAUAUCAGUUUUUCUAGAAGAAAUUAACGAUAGACAAACGAAAACAAACUGGACAAACGCGCAACUCAAGCUGCAAACAAGGUGUAUUUAAGGUAAAGAGAAGCUCUUGUAACUCUUCGUAACACUUCGGAAGAAACAAACAAAGCAAGAACAAAACACAGAACUCUGUGUAGCUUGUGCAAUUGUAUAGGGCAAAUGGGUGGGAAGGGGGGGAUAGGUGAAAUCUCUUCCUCUUUUAAUCUAAAACAAAAGAGAACACAGAAACACUUUUUAAAAUAAUGCUCCUUUAAACACUUGGUACAGAACUCGUACCCGUGCGGCUUGUACAGCGAAGCUCAAACCUUUACAGAAACGUUGUUGUGUACCUUAUACUUGUAUCUUUAAAAAAACAAAAGCAAAAUACUAUGAUAACGUUGAUAAUGUAUGUGUGUGUGUGUGUGUUUGUGUGUGUGUGUGUGCGUGUGUGUGCGUGUGGAUGUGUGUCGCCAAAUCCGGAAGGAUCCGCCUGUAGAAAUGUGAAUGCGAGGUGUGUUUGUAUGUGUGCGUUUAGUGGUUAAGUUUCUUCGUUUCCUUGGUGGGAUGAAGAAAAAUUUAAAAAAAAAAAAAACGAUGCCAAAUCUAGUUUUCUUUGACGAGUCAAAGCGCGUAGUGUGUAAAGGAUACUCGUCAGAGUGUGCGUCGGCAGAGGAAUGAGAAUGGGAGCGCGAGCAGGGCACCAACGAAGGCUCGAGUGUCAUCUUCCUUGUUCGUUUCUGUUUUCUGAAAAAAAAAGUCUUCGAACAUUAAUUUACAUCAGCCAACUGAACAGCCAAAGUAAGAGAAUCUCAGUUUCAAAAGAUAAAAAAAAGACAGAGAUGAAGCUAAGCGAGAUAAAAGAAGAAGAAGAGGAGAAGACGCCUUCCAGAGAAGCACCGGGCGAAGAAGGUAAACAAUAUGUAAAAGUAAGACUAAAUGACAAUCCUAAGCAAAAGCAACAACAUACAAAAAAAGAAGAAGAGCAAAGCAAAAGAAGCGACGGCAACGGAAAUGAGGCGCAAUUAAACAAAGCAAGCGAGCAAAACAGAUAAAGCAAGCCGUACUGGGAUGACUGUCCGGUCCGGCUCCACCAUGCAAGCUCGUUCGUAAGGGGAGAGUGUGCAGCAGCAGCAGGUCCAUUCGUUUCGUUGUGCUAAAUGCGAUUAGUAGUGUGUAAGUUUGUCAUAAUGCAGAUGCAUUUCACUUUUCUGUAUAACACACACACACACGCACACACUCAUACGAGCUAAUGUUCUAUAUUAAGUUAGUUUUAGUUGCGUUUCACAGUACCCGUUUGAUCUAACACGCGUGCCAUCCAUGGAACAAAUUCCAAUACGAAAAACGAAAUGCUCGUUAGUUUAACUACAAUCCAAUAAGCAGAGAAAAGCAUUCGUUUCCAGUAAGACACUGUUUGGUUUAAGACACUACACAAUUAAUACCCUAAGGGUUGGGAGAGGGGGGUUGGGGUUGAGGGUCUGCGUUUACUAAGCAGCAUAAGAACACUCGGUUUAGAUUAUUCUGUUUUUUUACUUUGUUUUUAAUUCAACACGUUGACGUUUGAGACGGAUCAACGAGCUAUAAAUGAGCUUUGCUUAGUGAAAAACUAUUACACCCCGUCGCCUUGCGAUGGUUUCGUGUUUACUGAUUGUAACUUUUACGUACACAAUUAACUAGCUUAAUGUGACAAAAACCCUCUGAAACUGGUUUUCAAAUGGAGUUUAUUGCUUGUUUUGUAUGUUUGUUUAACUUUAAAAUGUUUGUGUGAUUGUUUUCUUUUGAUUGUUCCUGUCCAUUACGUUGAUCGUUCGAUGUUAUCCUACCAAUGGAUAUUAGAGGAAUUAAUUAUUGCUUUAUUGUAUUGUAAUUAAAACAUUUAUAUCAAAACACACACACAUAUAUACACGUACACUUUCUCCAACACCUACCGUCGCGAAUGGGAAGCAGCUUUUACGCUCUUCUCUUCCUGUCCCGGCAGCAACGGCAGCAAUCACCACGAUCAACCAUUUCGAAAAUUAAACACCUCCUUACUUUUUACGCAUUACGUGGCUCUGUGUGUGUGUGUUUGUGGUUUUAAGUGAUGUGCGCUGCGUAUUGGAAUAGUAUGGAUAUAUUUAUAAAUGGAAUUAUCGAAAGUAUAUAUAUAUUAUACACAUCAUUAUAAUUAAUUAAUGCAAAUUAAGUAAUCGUUAUAAUUGCCGAGACAAGCGUGUGGUGGCGUGCGAAUGGUAUGUUAAUGUAAGGCGUCUGCGCAGCAGCAGUACACACGAAGCUUGCAGGAAGCAGGAAACGCAGAAAUUGUGUUAUCCGAUCGCAGCAAACAUGAACAUAAACAAAACAGGAAUAAUCAACCGAGAUUUUGAGGAAAGGGAGGGGAAAAAAGACGGCAAAGGGAAGGUAAAUAAUGAGAGGAAGGAAAAUAUUUGCUUUUAAACCAACAUACACAAACAGUAAACUGUAAAGAGAAAUGACAACCCAAAACAACACACACACACACACACACGCUCAGACAGCCGGCCAGCCAGCCCACAGCAAAGCAUAAAAUAAAAUAUAAAUGUUUUUCACUGUUAGUUUUUAAUGUGAUUAUAACUUAUAAGAAGAUGCGAAACGCGAAUGGCAAGCAGAAAGCAUGAAAGACAUAUACACUAUGAUGAAAUGUUACAACAGCAACAACAGAAAAACAAACAACAAGUCGAUUAGAAAUUGACAAAAGAUAUAAAAACGUAAACGAAGCAAAAAGGAGCAGGAAACACGACGAAAGCAUGGCAAAAAGUAAAGCAGAAAGUGCACGUACAACAACACUACUCACUGUGAGUGAAAUGAGGUUGUGCUUUUUUCGUAUUUUUACUGCUAAUAGUUUUCCUUUUUUUUAUUUCUUUUGCUUAUGUUGAGCAAAAUUGGUUACGUUUUACGUUUGUUAAUUGGUGGAUGGUUGAAACAAUGGUUCGCUUAUUCUCAUUGGUUUAGCACAUUUGUUUACACUGUUUACACUAGAGCUAGGCUUCAUUUUACUGCACUUAUAUAAAUUAAAAAAAAAAGACAAAUAUCUGUUUCGCUCAAAAACUCUCACUCGUGGUUAGUGAAGCUGACUAGGAAAAGUUAAUAAUAAAAAAAACAGCUAAAUUCUGUCAAUUUUGUGAUUGAACGCUUGCGGUCAACCACACAGCACAGCAAAGAAGAAGAAGAAAAAAAGAAGAAGAAAAGACGCACACAUCGAACUGCUUUUAACAAACAAACAUAUUGCAACACACAUCGAUUACUGAACAGAACAGAUUUUAACAGCGCUUUUGUUGGAGAAGCAACAGAAUUUUAACCGAUCACCUACAACAACGCAUCCAAGCCAUCGCCUGGCUCAAAAACAACGAAAACCAGUUUUAUUCAUGCAGCGUGUGAUUGCGCAGCCUACUACUACACACUCAAAUACUAUUCGUUGCUCACACACACACACACGCAAAUGCUACUGUUGAACUUUAUGGCCUACUGAGCCACUCUGGCUGGUCGUUUUCAUCGAUUGUUGUUCACAUCUAUAACAGCGGUACCCCGUACCGCUGUACAAAAUCAAAAAGAAGAUUGGUUUUGGUUCGUAGAAAAUGUGGCAAUUCGGUUUGCUUUUUGCAUUCACAACGAUUGAAAUUACAUUUAUUUAUGGUGCUUUAUGCAAGACGCACUAGCUAUAAAUUGCCCACAAAAUCGAACGUAGAAGCGCAAAACAAAAAUUCAAAACACAAAACAAAUAGAACAAUCCAUCACAAUGUGGCCAGAAGAAAUGGAAAUGAAAAUUAGAAAAAAGAGAAAGAGAGAGAGAGAAAGAGAGAAAACUACAGACAAACAAAGAAAACUUUAAAUAAAACGUGUUAAAGUAGAAAGAAGUUGCACGUAAAAAGAGCAAAUGCAAACAAAACAAACAAAAUGAAAAGAAAAACAAAAUUCUGUGAUUUCCAAAAUUGCACUUAAAUGCACCCUUUCCUUUCCUACUGCUACCAAAAAAAGAAGAAGAAGGAAAACUCAACCCAUCUAUGCAAUUUGUGACGUCAGCGGUGGUGUAGGAAAAAGGAAUGAUGAUAUCGAUUUUUUUACGAAAAAAACACACGCACACACACAAACACUUCUACCACUAAGACUAAGGAGGUUCCGAGGAAUGGACUGUUAGUAGCAAAACCCUACGCGAUGGCUCUGUAAUUUUGCUUUUUUUUCCUUCCGUAUCUUGACUAAACAAUGCUUUUUGAAGUUGAUGUUUUUUUGUUUGUGUAACUUUAAUUCUUGCAGGUGCUUGAAGUAAGCUUUCCCAUUUCUUGUUGAUAUACAAAUGGGAAGGCAAUAACAUACAUUUACGCAAGUGUGUGUGUGUGUGUGUGUGUUGAGAAGAAUGAUAAGAAAGAGGCAUAAUUACACAAAUGCGUUGAUAAGUAGAUUAAAAAAAACGAAACGUUGAACACACACACACCGAUUAAUAGCAGCAGAAAACAAAAAUGUAAAAGAGCAAACAGUUAAAUAUUCCAGUGCCAGUGCUAUUUUUAACACACAAACACAAACAAAAAAGACACGAACAGAGAGCAAGGGAAGGGAAAGAACGCUUCCUGUGCACAAAAUUACUAGAUGAGAGCGAGAGAUUGUUUUAGAGAGGAAGAAAAAACCAACAGAAAAACAAAAAUUGAACCGAAACCAUAUGCCGUUCAGUGAAAGUUACCAACUGUUAAGACAUUUAAAAACAUUUCAAACAGCAAGGAAGGAAGCAAGGCAGGAGCUGAUUGAGGAAAAGAGCCAAAAGGGUUUGAAGAACCAUUGUAACCAGAAUGUAGUGUUGAACGAAGAGGGUGGGGGAAAUCGCAUACAUUGCGCUGCUGGGAACGGAAUCAGAUGGCCGAUGACCCAGGAAAAGAGUGAUUGAAAUCAACCAAACCACACCCACACCCACACACACGCAUACAUACAUGCAAAUACAACCGAGGGCCGAUUGAUUUUGGUAAUGAUGUUGUGUGGAGCGUAUGUGUGUGUGUGUAAGAGGCUGGUGGUGGAUAGUAGGACGAGAAACGAUGUAUAUUUUAAACUAAAUGUGUGUAUAAAACCAGCAACAAGCAAACAAAACAACACAAAACAAGAAAAAAAACCUGUGAAAAUGACAGAAAAAAAGAAAAGAAAUAUAUGUAAUGUAAAUUCUAUUUAAAAAAGAAACCAAUCUGCGUGUUUACUUAUUUACGGGAUGGUAAUUUUGUAAUUCGAUUGUGGAGAUUGAUUGAUUCAGUAAGUAAUAGCUGUCAGAAUUUAAAUAUUUAUCAAACUAUUUUUCCACAAUAUACAAUUGCUUGUAAUUUCAUAUCCGUUUAUUCGUGUUUGUUUUUGAUAAUUUUAUUUUUUUUAUUAAUCUUCUCCAUCAUACCAAUGUUUGCACAUCACUAUGCCAGUUAGCGAAGACACAAACCAGCACAGCAAAAGCACAGUGUCUUAUAUUCACCACGCUGAACAUUCACCACGGCAGCUAUCGAACAUCGAACAAAAUGUUCAUCGAACAGGAUCAUACAUCCCGGUUGCGACAACAAGAUUCGCCAUGUUGCAAAACAACACACAAGAAACUGAUCAAUAUUAACGGGUAAGAAACUAAAAUCGAGAUAGAAAAUGUAAAAAAAAACUUCAUUCCGCAACGACGCCCCUCAUUCGCCAUAGAAGAAAACAAAAAAAAAAAACGAAAAAAAAACCGAUUUGCGCUGACACAACCUUUCCGACUGCUUGUACCAGGAGAGCAUGCAUGUCGGUAGGUAGCACGCAACGCGAUACGCACACGGCACGCCGUUCUGCCGACACUAACAUUCUGCUACGUUUGUAACAGGCGCACAUGAUCGAUCGCAGUACACCGUGCUGUCUCUUUCAUUCGCCCGAAAUUAGUGUGUCGUGUGACGCGUGGUGCUACCUGCACAGAUUCCUGCGCUCCUGUUACUUUUGCCGUAUCGCGUACGGGGUCAAAACCGAUUUCGCUUUUUUUGUUUUUUUUUCUGUUUUCCUCUAUGGCAUGCGUCGGUGAAUGAGGGACGUUGUUGCGCAAUGACGUUUUUCUCAUUUUCUUUCUCGUUUUAAAAUUCUUACCCGUUACCAUUGCCAAUUUCUUUCCAUUCUUCUCAGCGCAUACAAAUAAUCAACACACAAUUUGCAUUCUUUUCACGGUUUUCCUUUAAUUGUUUCGCCAUUUCUUACAGGUGUUUCUUCGCCAUUGUGUUUCGCUUACGCUUCAAGCGCCUUUUGUGCUACGGGGAACGUAGAAGCAAACGUAAGUAAGCACACCCCCUCC